UAAAUAUGGAGCUGGAUGACGUUAGUAGAACGUGAUCAUUACCACCACUUGCAAAACAAGAGGUCAUUUCUGAGCCAUGGUGAUGCUGAAGAGAUACCGAUUAAGACGAAGAUAAAAAAUAAGUCAAUGAGUUGAGUUAUUAAUUUCAAAUCUCCAGUCCAAGGGAUGCUGGAUAUGAUCAUGAGGAUCAGGAUGAUGGCUCCAUAGUAAUUAUGAUAAUAAUAAUGAUGAUGACGCUGAUGAUGAUGAUGAUGAUAGUAAUAAUGGAAACGAUAAUGAUCGAUCUUCGACACACAUCAGCUUCUAAGGUAUUUGAUAAAAAAAAUAUAUAAUAAUCAGAGUAUUUUAAGAUCGCGAAUGUCGUUGUCGCGGGUCUCACUACGAUGCUCGUUGCGGGGCCGUGUUUGCCAGAGUGGAGGCACGAGGUCGCGAGACCGGCCGCGCACACAGAGAAGGAAAAGAAGGAAUAAGCAAAAGCAAGUGAGACGACUAGACAGUUCACGAUUUUCGCCAGCGUCGUCACCGUCAGUCUAGCACGAGCCACCGCUCAGGAGACACCCGUUGGGGAACUUGCUUCUUAUAAGUUGAAUGAACGAUGCCCGGCCACCGUCAGCCUUUAUCCCUGGAGGGACUAAGUUUGGGGCGUGUGUGCCAGCAACUGGACGGUACGUGCCGGCGACUGCAGGUGCUGUCGCAGGAGACGUCCGCCAGCUCUGUUUUAGCUGUUGUUAAACAAUCUAUAAGGCCGUAUUACGUAAAUGCACUGCCAGCACGAUUACGUUCACGAGUGAUUGAAGAAACAUCGAGGAUGCUUUAUGGUCCAGCGUCUGACGGUUCGACGUUGAUAUCCGGACCAGCACCACUGUAUCUUCUGGCAUUACUUCUGGGUCACGACAUACGACAGCUGAAGGUGAAUUUGUGCUGCUAUUACGGCUGUAGCCAUCAAACAUCUCUACUGAAGCUUCUGGCAACAGAAGGUGUUGGUUUAGAAUCCCUUGAACUGGCAAGAUCCGCAUUACUUCGUCUUGACUGUAAAUUAUUACGCUCUGCUCUGAUGAACAUGAAUAAUUUAUUGAGUUUGACGUUAAAAAAUAUCGCAAAUGAUUCAGUGCUUCAGGUUAUUGGAAAAGCAUGUCCUAAACUUGUCGUCUUAGACGUAUCUUGUUCAAUGCAAGUUACGGACGUAGGACUUAAGCAACUGCUACUUCAGGUCGAGCUCAGGGACAAGUUUAUAAACAUUGAUCCUGUUGUUGUACAAGAAACAACAACCAGCUGGUCUCGUUUGAAGGCACUCCUUGUAAAACUACGAGUCAAAAAAAAUAAAAGAGACAAGAGGGAGAAUGAAGGAGUACUUCUUGAGUACUGUGAGAAUAAGAACUUUCUUUGUGACACUUUGAGAGUACUGAAUAUUGCAAACACUGGAGUAACGAGCGCAGGCGUUCUACUGGCACUCGCCAAUGUGCCACAUCUUGAGUCGUUAGCGGACUACAAUCAUAUGGGCAGGGUCGUUGAGAUAAUGAACCGUGGAGUGAUUGAAUUGAAGACGCCUUUCAGUCUGACACAGGCACGAAGCAGUAGAACAACACAAGCAAGACUUGAGUUACUUGCUCAAACGUGUCCACGGUUGGAGAAACUUCAUAUCUCGGAGCCACAUCAUCCGCCUGAGGCACUGCGUCUCUUUCCGUGCAUCACAAGUCUCAGUGUGCACAGUAUCCCGGCAACUAAAGAGUGGCUCGCAGGAUUCAACGAGUAUCUACGUACAAACGGCCAUCGUCUACGUGAGCUUAAUCUUCGAGUGACACAAAGUGAAACACCGUUGCAGAUUGACUUGAGAGAAAUAUUCCUCCACUGUCCCAAUCUCGUUACGCUCACCAAGGACGGCGCAAAUGUCGUCUGGCUUGAUGGUCCUGAUCCACUUCCGCUGUUGCAAUUGAAAAAAAUUCAACUUGGACGUACAGUCUCUGCCACAACCAUCACCAAGAUACUGAUUCUUGCGCCAACAUUAAACUCACUCCAUGUUCACAGCUGCUUCGAUCUCACUAAUGAACAUUUAGAGAGUCUUCUUGACAUAUCAUCAGACGCAACAUCACCGUCAAAUCCUGACAAACCGGAUAACAGUCUCAUUAAAAAUUUAACGUGUUUCUAUGUGUACGAGGCAAGCAAAGUAUCAGCUGCCACGGUGCUGAGUAUGUUCAAAAACUGUACAAAGUUACGUAAAAUUGGCAACCUCGCCAACUGGGGACUGGACUGUGAGGGUGUUAAAACAUUAAGAGCGACGCUUGCCCGCGCUAAUCUAGACGUUGAUCUCUCACCUGGAUCUCAUUGGUUUUGGAGCAAUUGCAUUCAUUAAUUUAAAAAAAAAAAAUUAACAAUAAUGAUUUGAAAAAAUUUUUUUUUAAAUUCGUGACUGUUUCAUCGAAAAUAUCAGUAUUAAUAAAUUAUUCUGGAUUAACUUAUCCUUGGAGACUGUCUGAAGGUCAACAGGCUUACAUUGUAGCGUAUAGAGAAAAAAAAAUAUAUAUAAUAAGACUACUAAAGAUUGAAGUUUAAAAUAAAACUUUACUCUUCAUUAGAGAUGGCUAACUAUAGAUUGCGCGUUUAAAUAUUCAUCUCAUUAUAUACGUACACUCUGUGUUACCAUGAAGAAUACUAUUGUAACAUUUAUACUUGUCAAUAAUCAAGGCUUUCAUGUUUUAAAUAGAUGUCAUUUUUUUUUCUUCAUCACUGAGAAAUGAAAAAUAAAUUUACCAAUUAUUACUUACUUCUGUCAGACCGUGUGAUUGGAGUAGAAGACUUAUUAGUUUUGUAUCUGCUUGAAUAAUCUUAUAAGUCAUGUGUAAUUGCUUAGCAGGUGGAUCCUCUGGCGGAGUUGACAGCGCAGAACACCUUUAAAAAAAAAUUACAUUAUUAUGAUUAAAUUUGCUGACAAAUACAAAAAAUUUAACGACAGUACUUGAUAAAUAAUUUUAAAAAAUACUCACUUGAGCCGGAGUAUAGGCCAUUUACUGCCAGUUGGUCCAUUAACUAGCCAUUCAUUACCUCUAGCACUAUUAUCUUUAGGCGC